GUAUAUAUUUUUACAAAAUGGUGGCUUCUUCGCGGAGAAAUUCGUAGUGGCGAUUAUUAACAAAAAGCACGCAUUUUGGCCAGCCAAUUAUAGCAAAUUGUUGGCGAAAACACUCGCAACGACGCUGGCUGCGGUGUUUCGCUGGAAAACUCGCGGAAAAGCAACCAAAAAGCGCGCACGAACCCAGUGAAAAUAACUGAAAGCGAAGGCAGGCAAUAAAAAAACGCAAGCAAGCAACCAAAGUGCGUGCCUGUGUGUGUGUUUGUGUCUGUGUGUGCUGCUCUCUGUCUGUGCCUCUGUGUGAGUGUGUCUCUCUGUUAGUGUGUGUGUGUGCGCAAAGUGUAUGCAAAAAAAGGAAGAAGAAAAACGGAGAAGAGCAUUAAAAAAAAACAGCGUACGACGAGUUUCACGCGCCCAACAACAAUAACACCAAAAGCAGCAGCAACAAAAACAACAGCACUUGGCAGCGGCAGCAAUAAAAACAACAAACAGCAGCAGUUAAAAACCUGUGUUUGUGCAAAUUAACCAAAAUAUACAUUUCCGGCUACUCGCUGCCCCCUCGCUGAGCAACAACAAGAACAACAACUGGAACAACGAUAUCAAGAACAACAGGAGCAGAGCAACAACAACAACCAAGACCGCCCAUCCCCUUGCACACCAUCAUCAUCAUCAUCGUCAACUGGAGUCUGGAAUCUGGAGACGGAGGCCAGGGACCGGAGUUACUUUGCCGCCUGCUGCUGGAGAGUGGAGCUUCUUCGGGAGUAACGCCUCGACGAUACACAACCCCGACCCCGGAUUCAUGUUGAAUUUUCAUAUCGUAGAGGGCAUAAAAAGGCUUAACACUGGACCGGAAGCGUGUUUUUAAAGGGUGAUGGCGGCCUCCACUCAAGGAGAAAUUCGAGUGGGUCCCGGCCACCAGGUAAACGAUGUCUAUGCAAAACUGCCCGAUUAUAAUCCAAUCUCAAGCUUCCCCAUCGACAAGGAAACCGAUGAACGUGAACUAGAGGAAUCAAGAUGGAGUCCAGGCGUUGUGGCCGAUGGCGACUUGUUAAUGUUCUUGCGUGCGGCUCGCUCGAUGGCUGCAUUUCAAGGAAUGUGUGAUGGCGGUUUAGAAGACGGUUGUUUGGCUGCCAGUCGCGACGACACCACAAUAAACGCACUCGACGUGCUCCACGAUUCUGGCUACGAUCCAGGCAAAGCUCUACAAGCGCUCGUAAAGUGCCCCGUUUCCAAGGGCAUCGACAAGAAGUGGACGGAGGACGAAACAAAGAAAUUCAUCAAGGGUCUGCGACAGUUCGGGAAGAACUUCUUCCGCAUCCACAAGGACCUGCUGCCGCACAAGGACACGCCGGAGCUGGUCGAGUUCUACUAUCUGUGGAAGAAGACGCCCGGCGCGAACAACAACAGGCCGCACAGGCGGCGUAGACAGAGCGCCCUGCGCCGCAAUCGUGUCACGCGGGCCAACAACAGCAACAGCAACACACCUCCCAAGAAGGAGGACACUCCGGAACCACAAACUGCGACGACGGCGGCGACGGCGACGGCGACGGCAAGCGCGGCGUCCGAGACGGCGAGUCGCUCCUCGCCCGCUGUCUCCAAGGAGGAGAACAGCUCGCUCACCGAGGACGACGCCAGCGAGUGCGACAGUGAUUCGAGUCUGACCCACAAAAGGGAUGAAUCACCCUCAAGGAUGAGGACGCGAAAUAAGCAACAGAACAGCAACAGCAGCAACCAGAACAGCAGCAACACCACCAGCAGCAGCAGCAGCAGCGGCGGCGGCAGCAACAACGCCGCUUCCGGCAACGCCACUUCCAUAGGCAGCGGUUCGAGCGGCGGCGGUGCCGCUGGCGGCAACAGCUCCUCGUCCAAGGACCAGUCAGCCAACGCCAACGCCGUGGCUAAUGGCAAGAGGCCCAAGCGAGGCUCCGAAACACCGGAUGUGGCCGGCGGCGGAGCCUCGGUCGAUAGUCCCAAGACGCCGACGAAAGCGGUGGCCGAGAGUUCGGCCAACAAGCGCAAGGGCGGCAAGCAGGAUACGCCCAACAAGAAGAAGCGAACGGAACAGGAGGAACGCAGCAGCGAGCCAGCGAGUGCCCAGGAGGAGCCGAAUGCCGUCAAGGAGAAGUCGCGCAAGCGACCGGACAGCCCGGUGGAGAGCAUGAACUCGGACAGCCGGCCGGACUCGGUGCUCGACGAUGGCGAGUCGAAUACGACGGACACCACCACCGCCGAGCAGCAGUCCACCAAGGACAGCAAGGAGACGACGGUCAGCUGCAAGGAGGAGCGCGAUAUGAUCACCAACAGUGAUCUGGAGGCCAAGGCGGAGGAAGCGAAGGCCUUCAAGGCGGAGGCUUUGGCGGCGGAGGACAGCAAGGAUAGCGCCAUUAAGAACAUGGACGAGGAGACGAAUAUCCAGGCGCCGAGCAGUCUGGAUGCGAGUUCGGUGGAGGGACCCCCUGUGGUCAAUCCCGUGGCGCCGCCCAUUACCAUGAAGGUGCCCACAAUUGCCACUGUGGAGGCGCUGAAUGCUUCGGUGGAUCGCAAGGAGGCCAUCGAGAAAAUGGAGUCCUGCGACAGCGAUCCAGAGAUGCUCAAGAAGCUGGCCACCAUCAAGCAGGAGGUUUCUCCGCAGCAGCAGCACCAGCAGCAGCAGCAAUCCCAACAGCAGCAGUUGCAACAGCAACUUGCUCCCAUGGGCAUUCAGCCACCUCCAAUUAGCGCCCCCUCAGAAUCGAUCUACAUCAAGAAGGAGCCCAUGGAGGACUCCAUGGACGCCACCUGCAAUCAGAACAGCAACGAGCCGCAGGAUCUCAAGGUGAAGAUCGAGAUUAAGAAUGAGGAUGCACUGAAGCACAGUGCGGGAGGAGGUCUGCCGCCCACGGGACCAGGUGCACCACAUCCGCUCUCCGGAGCUCCCGUAGAAAGUAAUCAGGAGCCGCUGCACCUGCAACAUCUGCCUCCGCAACCGCCUCCUGGCUACCUGAUCGAUGGCCAGCUGAAGUACGGACCACCGGGACAGGGAGUGCCGCCGCAGCCACCGCAGCUGCAUAGCGAUGCGGCUGGAGGAGCACCGCCCGGAGCAGCGCCUACAACGCCGCAGAAAUACCCCCCCGAGCUGGAGAUGAAGUUUGCUCCCCAGGAUCUCAAGUAUCCACCACCGCCACCGCUGGAUGCACUCAAGUACAGCCAGGAGAUGCAGGCGGCGGCGGCUGCAGCGGCUGCUGCCGGCAAGUACGACAUGAAGUACAUGAUGGAGCAGCAGGGCAAGUAUCCCGUGGAGUUGUCCGCUGCCCAUCAGCCGCCUAGCAAGCCGGGCUACCAGGAUUCGCUAAAGAUUCCCGAUGUAAAGGCCGGCUUUGGUCACCUGCCGCACAACGUGGGCUCUCCGCUGGACGUGGCCCACAAAUACGGACCGCCACCCACAUCCCAAGAGUCCCAGCAGCAGCAGCAAUCGCAGCAGCAGCAGCAGUCGCAGCCGCCGGGAGCCACACCUCCGCCUGGCAUCGCCAUGCCCAAGCCGCACUACCAGCACGACGUGCAGACGCCUCCCUUGGGACGACCCUUCGAGCCCACUGGCUUGAUGCUCAAGUACGGCGAUCCAUUGGCGGCUAAGUACGGUCCGCCGCAGGAUCUCAAGUACCCCAUGCCACCGGUUUCGCAGGCAGGAGGACCUGCGGACGUGAAGCCCUAUGGCGGCGAGAAUCUGAUCAAAUCCUCGCCUUACGGGCCUCCGCCCGAGAGUCCAAUCGACGCCUCUGCGCGCUCUACUCCUGGCCAAGAUAGCCAGGGCAGCAAUAGUAAUUCGCAGCCGCCGUCGAUGCCACCGCAACCGCAGCAGUUCCAGUCGCCGCAUCCCUCGCCGCACAUGCCUUCGCCAGCGGGAGGUGGCCUGCCGCCGGGAAUGCAUCCGCAAAAUCUCAUCCACGGCCCGCCAACAGGCGCCCCUCAGCCGCCGCCACCGCCCACGUCGUUGCAUCAGCCCACGCCGACGGCUCCAGGUCCUCCAAGUCUACAGCAUGGCCUGCAUCCCGGACAUCCGGGACACCCGCAACUGUCGGUGGCUUCAUCGAUGCCCCCGAGCUCCAUUGGCAUACCUCCCACGCUCUCGACGAUGGCGCCCUCGCACAUGCAUCCUCACCUUCAUCCGCACGCCCAUCUGCAGGGUCUCCAUCGGCCGCACGAUCUGCCACCCAGUAUGCAUCCGCAUGCUCCGAUGCCGCUGUCGCUCCAGGGACAUCCGCCACAUGGUCACGGUGGACUGCCGCAGUCGCAUGCUCCCCAGCAGCAGCAGCAGCAACAGCCAACUGGCACGGUGCGUACGCCAUCACCUGCCCAGCAGCAGCAGCAGCCGCCGAGGUCUCUGCACGAUCCGCAAUCCUCGCGGGAGCCGCCCAGCUCGCAGCCCUCGACCACGAUGGCAGCGGGAUCGAGUGGCGGCGGCCCACCGCCGCAACAGUCGCCGCAUGCGCAUCGCACAUCGCCGUUGCCCGGGCUCUCGGGUAGUGGUCCUCCGCCGCCGGGACUCAUUGGGCAUCCGAUGGCCAUACACCCGCACCUGGCCCACCUGCCACCGGGUCAUCCGGCCCACGCAGCGCUCGCCCAUCCGGGACACCAUCUGCUCUCGCAUUCGAUAGCAGGCCUGGGACCGGGCGGUGGACCCAUCGCCUUGCUAGCCGGACCCGGUGGCCUGGGAGGUAUUCCCGAGUCCGCUCUCAGUCGCCGCACCCCGCCCUCUCACCUGCCACACGCCUCGCACGCCUCCGCGGCCCCGCUGACGCCGCAUUCGGUGGCCAGCAUGACCUCCAGCAGCAUGUCGCUGACCACCAGCACGGUGCCAUCGUCUGCCUUCAGUCGCGCCAGUCCCAGCGUACAGAUCUCGAGCGGUGGAGGAGGAGGAGGACCAAGCUCCUCAGGACCCGGCAGCGUUGGACUGGCCAACUCCUCGGCAGCGGCGGCGGCGGCUGCAGCGGCAGCUGCCCAUCGAGCGGCCUCGCCGGCGUCCAGCGUUAGCAGCCUGAGUCGCCAGAGCCCGCUGCAUCCGGUGCCACAGUCGCCGCUCAGCCAUCAUCCCUCGUCCUCUGCGCUCUCCGCCGCGGCAGCCGCUGUGGCGGAAAGGGAUCGGCAUGCGCUGAUGCGUCAGCAGUCGCCGCACAUGACGCCACCGCCGGUGUCGCAGGCCUCGCUGAUGGCCAGUCCGCUGAGCAAGAUGUACGCUCCUCAACCGGGUCAGCGGGGUUUGGGAACAUCUCCGCCGCCGCAUUUGCGGCCAGGAGCCUCGCCGCCGGUCAUCCGCCAUCCUCAGAUGCCGCUGCCGUUGCCGCUGAUUGCACCUGGCGGGGGAAUUCCGCAGAUUGGAGUGCAUCCCGGGCAGUCGCCGUAUCCGCACCCGCUGCUGCAUCCCUCGGUCUUCUACUCGCCGCAUCACCAUCCCUUCAAUUCGCCAUAUGGAUAUGCGCCCUAUGGUCCUGGUUUUCCGGCCUACAUGAAGCCGCCGCCACAGCCGGGACAACUUGACCCCGCUGCCGUGAUGGCCGCUCACCAUGCCGGAUUGCAAGGUCCGCCGCCGCAGCAGAUGCGUCAGGAUGAGCAGAAUGCAGCGGCGGCCGCAGCAGCAGCUGCAGCUGCUGAGAAGCAACACCAGGCGGCUGCAGCAGCGGCCGCCCAGCAGCACAAGGCGCCGCAGCAACAGCCGCCCGGCGGAAUGCCACCGAACAAGCCGCCGACGCCAAAGACGCCGCAGGGUCCGGGCGGUGGGAUGCCUCCCGGAAUGGGUGGACCGGGAACACCGACGGGACUGCCGCCUGGUGCCUACCCCGGCAGCCAUAUGCCGGGAUAUCCACAGGGACCGCCGCAUGGAUCGCCCUUCGCGCCGCAAGAUGGUCAGCCUCACGGUCUGAAGCCCACGUCGCACAUGGACGCCCUGCGAGCGCACGCACACUCGGCCAAUUCGGCGGGAAUGGGCGGCGGACAUCAUCCCACGGAGCCAUUGCCCAUUGAUAUUGAGCCGGAUCCGGAGCCAGAGAUUCCCAGUCCCACGCACAACAUACCACGUGGUCCCAGUCCCGAAGCGAAACCGGACGACACCGAGUGCCAUCGCUCUCAGUCUGCCAUAUUUGUGCGCCACAUCGAUCGUGGGGAUUACAACUCAUGCACGAGAACGGAUUUGAUCUUCAAGCCGGUGGCCGACUCAAAGUUGGCUCGCAAGCGCGAAGAGCGCGACCGCAAGCUGGCCGAAAAGGAGCGAGAGCGGCGUCAGCAGCAGCAACAACAGCAACAGCAGCAGCAACAACAGCAGGCAGCAGCCGCUCAACAGGCGGCGCAGCAGGCCAAGAUGAAGGCGGAGCUGAAGCCGCCGUAUGCGGAUACGCCAGCACUGCGCCAACUGUCGGAGUACGCUCGUCCCCACGUCGCCUUCAGUCCUGUUGAGCAGAUGGUGCCAUAUCAUCAUCCAAUGGGCCCCAUGUACAGAGAGAGGGAACUGGAAGAGAUCAAGAACGCACAAGCUGCUGCGGCGAGUCAAUCCCGACUAGAUCCGCACUGGAUGGAGUACUAUCGACGAUCUCUUUCCAACCAUCCCCACAGCGGCAUCCACCCCUCGCAGUUCCCCCUGUAUGCGAAUCCCGCGAUAUCGCAGAUGGAGAGGGAGCGUCUGGGAAUUCCACCUCCGCACCAUGUGGGGUUGGACCCGGGCGAGCACAUGGUGCGUAUGAUACGAUUGACGAGAGAAUAUCAUGCACACUCUCAUACUCAUUUACAUUUGCCUUUGCAUCCACAGCCGCAACCACCGGAGGCCGGUUUCCAACUGCCACCGAAUGUUGGCCAGUAUCCGCGGCCAAAUAUGCUUAUACCUAGGGAGCCGCACUCGGAUGUCCUGCUGCGCAUGUCCUAUGCCGACCAACUACAGUAUUUACAGGCCGCCGAGUUCCAGCGACAGUCCCUGCACGAUCAGUACUUUAGGAAUCAGCUGCGUUAAUCGGGAGUGGAUCACACCACACUUCACACCAGACACUUACUGACCAAGGCAUCCAGAAUCAAAAAGCAGAAACCAACUACAAAACUAAACUAAACAAAACAGGACACGAUGGUCGCAAUAUCUUAAGUAUCC